UUUCCUGCACGGAAGGGCGGAGAGGUCCAAGGGAACUGUAAAACAUGAGACGCAUCUUUCUUUUUGUGGUUUGCUCCUGUUUGGUCCAGAGGAAUGCAGGGGAUAUUCCACCGGGAAUUAGAAACACAAUUUGCCUCAUGCAAAGUGGGAAAUGCAGGCUUUUUUUCUGCCAUGCUGGUGAGAAAAGAAGCGACACUUGCUCUGAUCCCUGGAAUAAGUGCUGCAUACCCAACAUAAAGGAAGAAAAAGAGAAAGGAGAGAGACCAUCAGGGGAAGGCAACUCUGGGAUCUAAACUGUGGGCUGCAGGAUGGCAGGCAUCUUGAAGUUUCCCCAAAUUCGAAAGAAUUGUGGCUGGUAGUAGGUGCUCAGUAAACGUGUUCAAUAAAUCCAGCACCAACGAAGAAGCCUGAUGAAAGACUUUUCUUAAGAACU